AUGGCAGACAAGCUGGUCGUCCAAAUGAGUAACUUUCAUAAAAAUGAGUCCAUAGAGUGUACAGCGGUGAACGUUCUGACUGGCAAGACCGAAAACAAGACAAUGAUUAUCCAUGUGACUGAUCCAAUCUCUGUUCUCCCCAUUAGUUCAACACCACCUAUUGCAGAUAGCUCCUAUGCCCUGAAGUGUGUUGGGGCACCUCAAAAUGCUAAUAUUCAGUGGACCAAGGAUGGGAAUGCAUUGUCCACAAGUGGCAGAGUCCAACUUUCUGAUAAUAAUGCUAUCCUUACGUUUGAUCUGCUCAGUAACUCUGACACAGGCGUAUAUCAGUGUGUUGCCAACGAGCAAGGAAGUGUCGUCCCUGGAGUUCCCUAUAAAGUGGAGGUCAUCUAUGGGCCACUGCAUGCGGAGAUCACUGUAUCUGGUGACAGAGCAGUUGGGAAGACUACACUCCUCCUCCCGGGGAAUUCUGCCACAUUUUACUGCUCAGCUCAGUGCAAUCCAGCAUGUGACUACGAGUGGUUUUUAAAUGGUAACAUGGAAACCGGAGAUGCCAACUUCUCCAUCAGCUCAGUAGAUGCGUCUGAUGUAGGUGUGCUUGCGUGUGCGGCGUAUAAUCCACUUACCCAAAACACUACCGUUGUGGAGACAAACAUUGAAUUGAUUGAUGGCCCAAAGAAUGUCAUUAUCUCUGGACCAAACUCAGUACAAGUUGGGGUCAAGGCCACUUUUGAGUGUUCAGCCGUCUGUAGCCCAUCUUGCGUUUACACAUGGGAGGUCUAUGGGAGAACUUUAAGUGGUAGUACGGUGGACCUCACCAUCAGUAAAUAUGUGGCAACUGAAACCCUAGUAUGUAUAGCACAGAAUGUUGUCUCUGGGAAGCUUGUAGGAGCAACUAAAACAAUUGAUGUUACAGAUCCUAACUGGUGUGGAUGUUGAACACAUUGCCAGAUUGAAUGCCUUCAUACAUACAAUAUGUAUGUUGGAGUAUUUCUCUGAUGUCGCCUUCAGAAAAGUACUGUUGGAUGCGACAAGGAAAGACAAGA